AUGCAAUGGUGUGUGUGCAUGCCUCGGGAUCAUCCUUCCCGCAUGAUUCUCGAUCUAGUCUUCUUUCGGGGGGCAAAUCGGGUUAGAGAUUCCGCAGGAACAGCCGGUCCUGCUAAAACCUGUGCGCACAUCCUAGGAUAUCAUCCCUUCCUUCAGCCCUUCUUCAGCUGUGCCCAGAAGAGACUAGGAUUGAGCAACAAAACUAUGAUAAAUGGUCCUGAGAGGGCUCAGAUGUUCCAUUACCCCUCCCCCUCCUCCCCUGAUGCCAUCCAAGACGUGCGCGUCCAUUCUGCAGGGUUGUCGCACAACAGCUUGCACUUCCAGCUGCAGGAGUUAUGCAAGAGAUCGUGA